AAAUACAUAGUGACCAGUUCAGGUUGUAUUCGACAAGUCUUACUAUGAGGUGGUGCAUAGCAUUCGGACUUACCCUUGCGGUUGUAUCCGCCAUGGGCAUUAUAAAAAGAGACGUAGAUUUGGAGACAGCUGCCUCUCAUCACGGAGACAAAUGGGAUAAAGGUCACGGAGGUCACCAUCAUGGCGACGGUCAUGACCAUCAUAAAGGAGGACACCAUAAAGGGCACAAGGAUCAUUAUGGUGAACAUCACGGUCAUCAUGGACAUCAUCAUCACGGAGGGCAUAAGGGUCAUCACGAAGGGCACGGUGGACACGAGAAGCAUCAUCAUCACGAUGACGGUUAUCAUCAUCAUGACCAUCACGGUGAAAAGGGUGAGCACGGCCACGGACACGAAGAGCAUGGCCACUGGGAGAAGGGACAUGACACGAAGGGUCAUCACGAGAUUGAUAAACACGACGAAUUCGAACAGGUGACGCAUUUCCACGAGAGUCACGGUGAUAAAGGUCAUCACGAACAUUACGGGGGUCAUCACGACGAGGGAGAACAUAAGAAGGGAGGCCACCACCAUCACGGGCAUAAACACGGUGAAGAUCAUGAACAUCAUCACGGCAAAGGCGGUCAUCACGAGCACGGCGAACAUCAUCACGGUCACAAGGGUCAUCACGAAGAAGACGACCAUCACGAGCAUUGGGAUCACGAUCAUGGGCACGGAGAAAAGGGCGAGCACGGCGACCAUAAGCAUUGGGAAUUUAAGAAGGGUCACUGACACUGAGUUAAUGGGUUAUUAGGGCACUUUCUUCCACGCACAACCUCUCUUUGGAAUCAACUUCCAGCAGCACUAUUUCCGAACUGAUACGACAUCAUAACCUUCAAGAAAAGAGCAUAUUCCAUUUUGAAAGACCGGCAGCACACCUGCAAUGCCGUUAGUGUUGUGAGUGAUCAUGUGCAGCGGUAGUCACUUACCAUCAGGUGAGCCGCAUGCACGUUUUCCCCUGUUUUGUAAAAAAAAAUAUCGUGACGUGAAAAUCGUGCGAUAUCGUGUCGUGCUACGACAAAAUUGUUAUAGCGCUCAAUAGAUAAGUGCCAGUUCGUAGGUCGAUUGUAGGCAGAUGGUAAUUCGAACAGAUGUUCCGUUUCGUCAUGGUGUCAUGGUGCCCACACUUAAUGUUGCUAUGUUUUGCAACAUGAUUAUGUAUUAGUUCACAAAUUAAACAGUGCUAAAGUCGCCCAUUGUUUCCUCAUUGUGAUUAUUUCUUGUAAUUGUUUAUAUCUAUAAUAAGUUUACUAUUGUAAUCUUUUGGAGGAAACAAUAAAGAGUAUCUGUCUAUCUAUCUAUCUAAAGUGAAAAUACGCAGGUACCGAGAAAGUGUAUGCUAAUGUACCUCU